CUGCCACCAUCCCCGUCCUUUGGUCGGAGAUUGCGAGGUGGCGACGCACUCGCUCUCCGCUCUGAGAGAGUGAGAGAGAGAAAGAGAUGUACUGUGCGGUGAAAUUGCAGGCUUCGAGCUCCCGGAUCGGUCCGAGCUCCGACUGUGGCUCGUUUGGACGAAUUGUUCCAGCUCGGCGGCCGUUUAUUGUCCGGAAGCUGCGGCUGCCGCGAACCCGGCUUCCGUUGCCGUCAGUGAAGGCGGGAUACAGCGUUGCGGCGGUGGAGGAGGAAUACCAGCCUUCAGUAUCGCCGAACUACACGACGUCCGUCAGAUCGCCUUCCCCGGCGCUUCAGCUCUCUCAGUGGAACCUCACUCAGCGCCACAUUCUUAUGCUCAACGUCGUCGCUUGUGCAGCAGCAGUUUCAGCAACAUGGUUAUUUUUCUCUGCAAUUCCUGCCCUUCUGGCUUUCAAGAGAGCAGCAGAGUCGCUGGAGAAGCUGAUGGAUGCCACAAGGGAAGAGCUUCCUGAUACAAUGGCGGCUAUUAGGUUAUCGGGAAUGGAAAUCAGUGACCUGACUAUGGAACUCAAUGAUCUUGGUCAGGAGAUAACUCAGGGUGUUAAAAGCUCCACUCGAGCUGUUCGCGUAGCUGAGGAGAGACUGCGGAGAAUAACCAACACGAUGCCACCAGCUUCGUUGCAGGGGAUGGUGAUGACUCGGGAAACUGAGCCUACAGGACCAAUUGUGGCUAUAACAGCUCGGAGCAUACGAGAACGCAUUGUCAAGGGCCGUUCCUUAUUUCAGAUGUUCUUAUCCCUCGCCGGGUUUUCUCGGUUAGCUCUCAACUACUUAGCUAAAUGGAGGAGGAAAUAGGAAUACAAGGAGAGUACUAAUGAGGCAGUUCGGAUAUGGAAUCAACUAAUUGGGCAGUCUCGAUGCCCUGUUCAUAGUUCCUGUCUUGCUGUCUAGACAAAUUUGGGGUAUGACCGAUGUCAAGAGUUUAUUGCAAGAUGAGUUUCCAAGCAAUUAUUUGGUGGUACCUUGCUGGAAUGAGUAUUAGAGACUGCUUGCAGAUUGUCGUUUGUAAAGAACUCCAUAUCGGCAUCGAAAUCCUAGGAUGUUCCUAUAGCUUGUGAAGACAUCGAGAAUGGUUCAUCUCCCAUGUUAUGUAAUUACGUUACCGUUUUGGACAAAGCUCAUGUUUGGCAAUUCAUAGGGGACCUUUACAUAAAGAGAAGCAUUUUCCUUUU